AUGGUCCCUGUUUUGAUUGGUCCAACACGCUGCACGCUGAUUGGUCCGUUCCGGCGCCUGACUUGCACCCAGGUUUUCCAAACUGGCCCGACCCUUGUGUUUCUUUUCCAUAGGAAAAGUGAUGACCAGGUAGCGUCUAUUGGUUUAAAGGCACUGACACCCUGUUUCCUCAUUGGACGACAACCCAAGCUUCUGAUGGAAGAAGAAGAACCAAGAGGAGGAGGAGGGCAGCACACGCAAGGGGACACAUCACGGCUAGGGAAAAGAAAACAGGAUGGAACCCUCUCAACUCAUUCACCCACGAAACUUCAGCGAUGUUCAUCACCCCAGGAGGAGGAGGAGGGCAAGGGGGAGGAUGCCAUGGAGGUGGACGCGCCCACCCCGUUAGAGGGGAAGGGGAAGGAGAAGACAAAGACGAUGAAGAACACCACUGUCCAGAAGGAGGAGCUUAUUUAUGUGAUGGCACAUAAUGCACGAUCCUAUGAUUUGCACUUGAUCCUGAAGGGCCUGUACCCCCAUCUGGUGAAACUCCCCACCAAGAUUCGGAAUGGACAACAGAUUUUACAGGUUACCCUGGGAAGAUUGUGUUUCCAAGACAGUUUGAAUUUCAUACCCUACCCACUGAAAGCAUUUCCAAAGAGCUUUGGACCAAAUGAACUGAAGAAAGGGUAUAUUCCACACUUUUUCAAUACCGAAGCCAACCAGACCUACAGAGGUCCCUAUCCACCAGCCGUCAUGUACGAUCCCGAUGGCAUGUCUCCCACGGAACGCACUGCCUUCCUCCAGUGGCAUACCCAGGAAGUUCAAGAAGGAGCCUUGUUUGACUUGCAAGAAGAACUCUUAGCCUACUGUCAGAGUGAUGUCGACAUUUUGAGACGGGGAUGCGCUGACUUCCGACAGAACGCUAUCAGGACAGUUCUCAUGGAUCCCUUUGUAGAGGUGAUGACAGCCGCUGCAUUCACCAUGAAAUCCUUCCGAAAACACGAUCUGAAACCCAUUCUUCCACCUCAAGGCUACCAACCCAAGAGAAACUUUUCCCAGGCCUGUAUGCACUGGUUAAGUUAUCUCAUGGAGACGGACCCCGAUCUGCACCUCCAGCAUGCCAGGAAUGGAGGUGAAAAAGAGUUCACGUGUGGAGAGGGCAAACAUCGUAAGAGUGUGGAUGGCUACGAUUCAACGACAGGCACCAUCUACGUAUUCCUGGGGUGUUUCUGGCAUGGGUGUCAGACAUGUCACAAGACCAAACAUGGAGAACCUCAUCCCGUCCUGGGCACGUCGAUGGGAGCACGUUAUAACGACACCCGCUACCGCCUGAGUCUCUUGAACCAACACCCUGAGGUGAAAAGGGUCGUCACCCUGUGGGAGCACGAGUUUAAAAAAAUGCAACAGGAGGACUCCGCAUUGCUUGCUUUCUUGCAGGGACCCCACUGUAUCCACGUACCUGGACCGCUCAACCCUCUCGACGCCUUCUAUGGAGGACGCACCAAUGCCACUCGAUUAUGCUACGAAGCCCAAGAAGGUGAAACCAUCAAGUAUAUCGAUAUCUGUUCACUUUAUCCUUACAUUUGCCAAUCCCCAACCCUUCUCCAUCAACCACCUGUGGACACGUUGUUUGAGCUGAAAGGACUUAUCCAAUGUCGUGUCCUACCGCCGAAACGACUCUACCAUACCCGGUCAAACUCACCCUGCGAGCACACGGACGAAGAGAGGUCUUGGGUGGGCACGUACCCCACCAUAGAACUCCAUGAAGCCGUGAAGAAGUAUGGUUACAAGGUGCUUCAGACCUUCGACGUUUGGCAUUUCGACACCUUUGUACAGCAUGAACCCGACACCCAGCAAGAAGGACUCUUUGACACCUAUAUUGAUCGUCAUUUCAAGGAGAAGCUAGAAGCCAGCAGAUACCCCGAGGGAUGUACCGAUCACAACGCUUACAUCCAGGAGAUCUAUGACAAAGAAGGCAUUCGGUUGGACAAGGAUCGCAUCGAAAAAAAAACAGGACUUCGCACGAUUGCCAAGCUCUUUCUUAAUUUGCUCUUGGGCAAGUUCGGACAACGGUUAGAAGAUAGUCAGAACGUCUAUAUGAACGAUCCUGCACAGUACUUUGCCUUGCGGAGGGAUGACCGAAAUACCAUCGAGGAUGUCACCGUUGUCAACGAACACAUGAUGGAAGUGACCUAUACCCACAAGGAAGAAUUCCAAACCUCUCAUUCUCAUUUCAAUGUCGCCAUAGCUGCUUGGGUCACUGCACAAGCGCGUCUCAAGCUGUACGAGACCCUCGCCCUGGUGGGUCGCAGGGUCUUGUACUUUGACACGGACAGCGUCAUUUACAUUCAUCGACCCCACGACACGAAUUCAGAUUUUGGCCAUUCGUUGGUUGAGUUUACAGACGAACUGGACGGAAACACCAUCAAGAUGUUUGUAUCAGGAGGCCCAAAAAACCAUGGCUUUGAGUUAAUGAACCCCAGACCUGAUGGAACACUCACGACCUGCAAAGGGUUCACCAACAACACCUCAACUUUGACACCAUGA